GCGUGCGCGUGCGUGUGCGUGUGUCCGAAACAUAAUACAAAACACGGACUGGAUCUGAUUUCGCAGGAUCGGGAUCUGAACACUUCCUGGACUCCUGAAGAGAUGAAGGAUUCGCUCAGCAUAUCACAAUAUCACAAUCCAGCACCCAAAAAGAAAGCAUGAAAUCUGAUCCUUACAGAGCUUACACAACCUCGUUCUGUUACGUUAGAGAAGAAUGAAGGAAAGGAAGGAGGAGCUGCAGAACCACCCACAGCCCCAAGCAGGACCCAGCAACCUCAAGGGAAAGGAAUAACUCAAAGUGAAGAUGUCGCCCUGCACACUCCUGCUGAUGUUCUUGCUCAGUUUAUUCUUUCACACAGUGAUGAUGAGUGAGAAGCUGACUCUGAUGCCUCCUGAGCAUAAUGUGUUCAACGGCUCUCUGUACGCCACGUGCAGGAUGCGACCCAACACCCAGCUGGUGGCCGGAAUGCCCCGAGUGUACGGAAUGGUCCAGUUUAAACAAACAGGCCCGGAGGAGAAGUUACAGGUGAUGUUCAAGUUUUACGGCCUGCCCGAGUCUAACUCUCAGUCCAGAGCCAUACAUAUUCAUCAGUACGGAGAUCUCAGCAAGGGAUGCACCUCCACCGGCGGCCAUUACAACCCAACCAGAGUCCACCAUCCACUUCAUCCAGGGGACUUCGGUAACUUCGUUGCCCACAACGGGAGGAUCAGGAGGACUGUGGAGUCCCAGGCCACGCUCUACGGUGGGUUCUCGGUGCUCGGGCGUGCCGUGGUGAUCCACGAGAAGGAGGACGACAUGGGAAAAGGAGGAGACGAAGGAAGUCUUCUGCACGGGAAUGCAGGAGGACGUCUGGCCUGUUGUGUGAUCGGAAUGAGCAGCUCUAAAAUCUGGAAUAAAUCUUAGCGCUGAUUUGGGAGGGAUUGAGUCUGUAGAAACAUAUCAUGAUGAAAUCUAAAUGUAUCUGCAUGUUCUUCUACCACUGCUCCACUGAAUCCACUAGGUGGUGGAAUGAAUUUCCACCUGAUGUCUUAACAGCUGAGUCUCGAGCAGUCUUCAAGAUGUACCUCCUCCAGCUCGCUUUCGAACUAUUUUCUCUCCAACAGAGUAUUUAGAAUGUCCUGAUGAACCAGCAUCAGAAUGUAUUUAUUGAUGGAGACUUCAAAGGACUUCAUUGGUCACUCUGAAUACAGAGGCGUCUGCAUUUCAUUUCUACAUUAUUGUUAUGUCUCAAUUAGUCUUUUUGUUUUCAUUUUAAAUAAUAUGAAAGAAUCACUACACCAUUAAUCAUCAUUCUGUAGAAACACAUUUUAAAUGAACAGUUUUAGUUGAUUAAAUUCACCAGUAAUAUUACAUUUUACUGUUCAGUGAUAAAUAAUGUGUGAUUGGGUUUUUAUCUGUGUUUAUAGUUCUUAUAUCUCUGCUUGCUUGUGACCUUGUAUAAUGUUUGAGUCUGGGUCAUGUGGAACUUCUGUUAACAUAAUAAAGAUUUGGUGUUGAUGUGCAGCUUAAA